AUGCCUAAACUAUGGUGCUUUUUGUCCACAAUCACAUUCUUUCAACUAUGCACUUUCACCUUCUCCAGGCUUGAGCUGGUGCCAACACCACCAUUGCCAAUUCUGCCCCUUCCCUCAUAUGCCCAGCUGAAAUGGCAACAAAGGGAGCUCAUCAUGUUCCUCCAUUUUGGAGUGAACACAUUUACUGACUCUGAGUGGGGCACAGGCCAUGAAAACCCAGCAAUCUUCAAUCCAGUUGGGCUCAAUGCAAACCAAUGGCUGAGCACAGCAGCAGAUGCAGGCAUAUCAUUAGUCAUACUUACCGCAAAACACCAUGAUGGUUUUUGCUUGUGGCCUUCUAAGUACACUGACCACUCUGUGGAAAGAAGUCCAUGGAAAAAUGGUCAUGGGGAUGUUGUGCAGGAGCUUGUCAAUGCAGCCAAGCCCCUUGGGGUUGAUGUUGGGCUCUAUCUCUCACCUUGGGACAGGCAUGAUCAGAGAUAUGGGCAUGAGAUUGCAUACAACCAAUACUACUUAGCUCAAUUGCAAGAGCUACUCAACAGAUAUGGUAGUGUGAGAGAAAUUUGGUUUGAUGGAAGUAAGGGUAAGAAUGCACCAAACAUGUCCUAUUAUUUUACAGAUUGGUUCUCCAUGGUGAAGGAGUUGCAGAGCUCCAUUAACAUAUUUUCUGAUGAGGGUCCGGAUGUUAGAUGGGUUGGAAAUGAGAAAGGCUUUGCUAGGAGUACAUGUUGGUCCACCAUUAACCGGACCUCUCUAUCAAUCGGAAAUGCAAGCAUUGAAGAUUAUCUCAACAAUGGCGAUCCAAAAGGGACAGAUUGGUUGCCGGCAGAGUGCGACGUUUCGAUCAGACAAGGAUGGUUUUGGCAUAAAUCACAAACACCUAAGAGGCUAAGCCAGCUACUUGAAAUUUACUACAACUCAGUGGGACGAAAUUGUGUGCUGCUACUCAAUGUGCCUCCUAACUCAACCGGGCUUAUAUCAGAAGUAGAUGUUCAAAGACUGAGAGAAUUUAGAAGGGCAAUUGAUAAAAUAUUUUCUACCAAUUUAGCAGAGAAGUGUUCUGUCAAAGUUAGUAGCCAAAGAGGAGGCAAAGGAGGAGGCUUUGGACCUGAAAAUGUGCUAGACAGUGACCAUUUGUGGACGUACUGGGCUCCAAGGGAUGAUGACAAAGAGGGCCAUUGGAUUGAAAUCAGAGGUACAGGCACAGACGGAGGGCUGAGAUUCAAUGUGAUUAGGAUUCAAGAGGCAAUUGGGCUUGGUCAGAGGAUCAAAAGGCAUGACAUUUAUGUGGAUGGUAAGAGAGUAGCAAAUGGAACCACAGUGGGGUACAAGAGGCUUCACAGACUUGAAGAGGGAGUGAUCCAUGGAAAAAUUGUAAAAAUUAGAAUUGAAGAAUCAAAGGGAUUGCCUUUAAUUUCUUCCAUUGGUCUGCAUUUUGAUCCCUUUUGGCACCCAAAUCCAAAUGGGCAGCGACCUCAAUAA